UGAAUUUCUUUUUUUAUUAGGGAAUUGAAGGGAAAUUUGAAGUGCUUCCAGGCACCAACGUUCCUCCAGUUAUCUAGCUUGGGAAGCAAGUUGGAAUUCCAGUUAUUUACCAAACAUGCCAUCGAACUCGGUUUUCGAAGCUGCCUAGUGCAAGACAUUCUUUAGACAGGAAACCAACCUUCUUGUCCGAACCAAAUGGUUCGGGUCCAGGUUUAGUCAACUGUGGGACCUACAAUGGCAACCUCGUAUCAGGGACAUGGCCUCUGUCCGAAGCUCAGGAGCUGGCUUAUUGACAGUAGAGCAAUUGCCAAGAAAGUAAAAAAUGCCUCCUGGUCUUCUUCCAUUCGAAUCACAGACUGUGGAGCAAAUCGUGAAUGUCCUAAAUGUCAUUACUGUAUUGAUAAUAGUGAUGUUACUCCUCAGUGGCCUGGCCUUCCAGCCGGAGUAAAGUUUGAUCCGUCUGAUGCAGAGCUUUUAGAGCAUCUAGCAGCUAAGUGUGGUGUUGGGAACUCAAAAGCACACCUAUUUAUUGAUGAGUUCAUCCCAACGCUUGAGGAAGAUAAGGGAAUUUGCUACACUCAUCCUGAAAAUCUUCCUGGUGCAAACAAGGAUGGAAGUAGUGUCCACUUCUUUCAUCGAACGAUUAAUGCUUAUGCUACCGGUCAGCGAAAGCGCCGCAAAAUACAGAAUCAACAUAAUUCGAAUGAAGAGCAUGUUCGCUGGCACAAGACAGGAAAGACCAAACCUGUCAUAGAAAAUGGAGUUCAAAAGGGUUGGAAGAAGAUCAUGGUUCUAUAUAAAAGUUCAAAGAGGGGGUGCAAACCAGAAAAGUCCAAUUGGGUAAUGCAUCAGUACCAUCUAGGGGCUGAAGAAGAAGAGCAUGAUGGGGAAUAUGUGGUCUCCAAAAUUUUUUAUCAACAGCAGAAACAAAAUGAUAAGAAUGAUGACAACCCAAUGGUCGAAGAACCAGAUACUUCGACAAUUCGCACUAGUCCAAGGACCCCUAAAACAAUUCCUCCUAAUCCACCUCGGCCAUGGAAAUCCAUGAUGGAUGAUGAUCUGGAUGAAAAUAUGCAGCAGGAAGCAAAAUUUGACGCAGAAGCAUCUCAUGUCCCUCCGCAUGCUGUUCAAUGUGAGGAUGGAUUGGACUAUGUAGCAUGGUUGGCUGGGGAAUCUCAGGCUGCUGAAACAUCUGACUUAAAUUGCUUGGAUAAUUUGCUAUGCGAUGAGAUUAUGGAUUCAUCUUCAUUGCUCAAGAAUUCAGGAAAGAAUCAAGCCUCAUAUACCGGCAGUGUUCACUGCAUAAAUGAGGUGGCAGGAAAUAAUGAUGUGUCUUGUGGAAUUUCUGAGCUUGAGAACUUAGAUUUUGAUACACCUCCUGACUUACCGCUAGCUGAUCUACAAUUUGGGUCUCAGGAAAGCAUUCUUUCAUGGUUAGACCGGUUAUGAAGAAUUAUUAUGAAGCAGAAGCUCCCCAAGGACAAAGUCCAAGUUUUGAGCUCUUCUAUGGACCCACUGAAGUUGUUUCCCUGUCAAGCACUUUUCGGGGCUAGACUUUAUUUUGCCUUCAGGGGCAUAGAGAGUUUGUUCUUUAAGGCCGUUUGAGGCUCUUGAAGUUGUUCAUCUCAUUGCUGCCAGACUGCUCCCACAAACAGUUAUGACACGGAAGCUUGUGUUGUAGGUUAACGGAAAUGCAAAAACUGCCCGGAUGCUGAAUAAGAGCAGUGGUUGAAAAGUAUAUGAUAAACUUAAAGGCCAUGUUAUCAAGAAAGAUGUAUUUGUUGCUUCCAUGGAUUCAACAUACAGUCUUUUGCAAUAACAUUUGGCCUAAUCUAAUGGUCCUAGGUCAUGUAAGAAACACAACUAGUACUUGUACCUUUCAAAAAAAAAAAACACACAGCUAGUACUUGUAGGCUAUGACAUUAUUACCAUCUCAUCAACUGUCAUUCUAGUUUUUCCUCUUUGGGGGGAAACUUUAGCCUUUACCAUUGAUGUUAUGUAAUAUGAACCCUACUUUGUUUCAAAUGUUAAGUGUCAUUCUUGUCUUGUGUGAA